CUCCUCUCACUGCACCUGAUCUCCAUCUUGGACGUUCCAGUGGGGCAGCAGAUAGCCUAGAGGUUAGAGGAGUGCUUCAUCAGUUGGAAGACUGUGGGUUUGAAUCCUAUUUCUGUUCUCUCCUCCUCCUCCAGAUGACCCAGGAGCAGUACAUCCUGGCGGCCCAGCCCAACACCCUGAGCCAGCGGGUACACCAAGGUGCCCAGGCCUACCCGGUGGGUAUCUACGGCUGGAGGAAGCGCUGCCUCUACUUCUUCAUCCUCCUGCUCCUGGUCACCAUGAUCGUCAACCUGGCGCUCACCAUCUGGAUCCUCAAGGUCAUGAACUUCACCGUGGAUGGAAUGGGUAAUCUUCGUGUAACCAAAGAGGGGAUCAGGCUAGAGGGUGUUUCAGAGUUUCUGCUCCCUCUCUACGUGAAAGAAAUAGAAUCCAGAAGGGACAAUCCUCUGAUCCUGCAGUCAGACAGGAAUGUGACGGUGAACGCAAGAAACAACCUUGGUCAGCUAACAGGACAGCUCACUGUGGGCUCGGAGAUGGUGGAGGCCCAGUGUCAGAGGUUCGAGGUGAGGAGUCCUGACGGGGAGCGGGUGCUCUUCUCCGCUGACGAGAAGGAGAUCAGCAUUGGCACUGAGAAACUGAGGGUGACAGGGAACGAAGGUGUCGUCUUCGGACAUUCAGUGGAGACAUCCCACAUCAGAGCAGAACCUUUCCAGGAUCUCAAGCUGGAGUCUCCCACCAGGACCCUGAGUCUGGAGGCUCCCAGAGGGGUGGAGGUCAACGCCGGGGUGGGCGACUUCAAGGCCUCCUGCCGGAAAGACCUGUUGCUCCAGUCGUCAGAAGGAGAGAUCUUUUUAGAUUCCAGCACAAUUCGUCUGGGGAACAUUCCUCACGGGACAGCGGCAGACCCGCUGCACGGGGCGCCGGGCACCACGUACCCCAAACAGACUGUGUACGAGCUGUGCGUGUGCCCAAGCGGCAAGCUCUACCUGUCCCCGGCUGAGAAGGGCUCCACCUGCCAGACGACCAGCAACGUGUGUCUGUGGAGCUGAGAGAGGGGGGGCCAGCGGACCGCUGAACACCAGAAAGGCCUUCCCCUCAUUAGGAUCCCAGUCCAGGAUACCAGGACCCCAACAGACCCUGAUCCCCAUCCAUACUGAUCCCCAUCCAUACUGAUCCCCAUCCAUACUGAUCCCCAUCCAUCGAUAGAUUUACUUUCUUUGACAGACAUUCUUCAUUUUCUUUCUUUCUCUGUGGUCACUCUCUCUUUCUCAUCUCUCUCUUUCUCAUCUCUCUCUUUCUCAUCUCUCUCGUUCUCAUUUCUCUCUUUCUCAUCUCU